AUGAAAGCCGCACAAAGCUGCGACAUUUGCGGAGAGGCGUUCAGUCUCAUCAGUAGGAGGCGGGUAUGCAAACGCUGCAAGCGAAGCUGCUGCAACAAUUGCAUUGAUGAUACAUACGUCCAUCCUACUGGAAACAGCGCAAGAGUUGGAGAUGCCGAACCAACGGAGACAUGUACGGAUUGCAUACUUGCAGAGGCAACAAACUACUCCAUAUCGGUGCAAGAGGAAUUGGACGUCACUGAAGAAAUAAACCGUGGACUGAAAAACGAACUUAAACGGCAAUUGCAUGCAAUGGAGAAGUUUCGAGGAUUUCUCGUUGAGUUUUGCGAGGCCUUCUCACCUGAAUCGGCGCUCUUCACAGAAAACACAAGCGGCAAGGGGGAACAAGGCACAGCAACUAAAGUGGAUUCCACACAACCUAUCGCAAAUCUUAUUGACCUAGGUGCUGAAAGUCUGCAGAAUCUAUAUGCACGCAUAAAAUUGAUGAGAUCCGAACUCGAAGCCACACGCACCGGGAAUGAGCACCUCAGGAAAACGCUAGACCAAGCACGAGAACAACUAGACGCAGUUGCACGUGAAAGAGAUUGUAUGAAAACGUCUCUAAAUCGUGUUAACGAGGCCGUAUUACGAUUGGAAGCAGAAAAGCAACACAUCGCCGACCUGAGGCGUGAUUACGAUGCCCUAAGGGUACGGUGUGCCAAGAUGGAGGAACAGCAGAGCCAGUUGUCAGCACGAAGCAAUGCCACAUCUCUGCCGCGAUAUGACGAGUCAUACGAAUGGAGACCGCGAUAUUCAGCAUUAUUUUCCCUUUGUUGUCCACGCAUAACAUUUUGA